AACCCUCUUUCAGUGGAUACAUCGUUACCAGUGCAAUAUCAUGUACGACGAGUACGAGAUGGUCGGUCCUUUUGUACACGAACCGUUGAAGCUAUACAAGAAGGAAAAAUUGUAUUCACUCUACAAGUAUCUUUCCAUGUGCUUGAACCAGAUGCGGCAGUUCAUCAGGACACUAUGCCAGAUGUUCCAUCAUGGAAGGAGUUGAAAUCUAUGACUGAUCUCGUACCUUGGUUAAUGACUGAAAUUACUGAAGGCAGAAUCCAAGUGAAUCCAGUAGUUGAAAAGAGAUUGAAAUAUUAUGAUAGUCGUGCGAAUCAAGAUGGCGAACUCUUCGAGAUAAGGCCAACUAAUGUCGAACGACAUUUGGGGUUUGGAAAAUCUGAACCACCCAACGAGGACGUUUUAUUCAUGGUUCAAAUCCAUGAGACCUAG